GAGGAAGGCCACCGACAGACGGCCGCAGCCCCGGCCGGAGAGCGGCUCGCAGGCCGGCCGGCCGUGCGCAGGCGUUCUGGGAGGAAGGCCGCUCCGCCGUAGCCAAUGAGCACGGGUGCUGCGGCCUGCUCGCCGGUCAGGGUGACCCGGGCCUGCGCGGGCCUGAGGCAGUGGGCGAGGCCUGUCAGGACCUCCGUGCUUAGCCCAAGUUGACCAGGGACUCCACCCUUGCCCAGAGCUCGACCUGUGAGUGCCUGAGGCACGGGCGAGGCCUCCAGUUCUUAGGGUUGGCAACUGACGCUCAGCUGGAUGACUUACAUUCAGCAGGUUUGAUUGGACCCUGGAUACACAGCACCAAGGCCUGUAUAUAGGCAAUUAAUGGAUGCUUGGAGGUUGCCGUGCGUAUUCAGAAAUGUUUUGCCACCUGAAGCCUUUGAGGAGGUUCUGCCUGAAGAAGACCCUCCCUCCCUGGCUUCCCUCCUCUCGGGCUCUGUCAGGAGCAGAAGCCGUCAAUGCCUUAAGACCUUUCUACUUUGCAGUUCAUCCCGAUUUCUUUGGACAGCACCCCAGGGAAAGGGAAAUCAAUGAAAAUUCUCUUAAGAGAUUAAGUGUCUACUUAGAAAAUCUCCAGAAACCAGGCUUCAAGUCUCUGAAACCAACUCAGCUUACAUUUUAUAUAAGAGAAAAAACAGCUCAGAACUCCUUGGAAGGCCAGGAACCUAUCAGUACUUCUGGAUUUCGAGCAGUCAGAUUUACUUUGCACACCAGCGAUCUGCUAAGCACAGUGUUGUAUAUUCUCAACUCCUGCAGUUUGUCUGCUGAACACGUCCAAAGCUUGAACACUACUAACGUGCAUUCCCAGCCUCUCCAGGAAGCUACAGGGAUGCCUGACAGACCCAUCAAAUGGCAUAAGUCCUACUAUUCCUUCACUGGGUUCAAGGACCCUGACGAAGACCUACAUGUCUCAAGAGUGGAGACAACCCUAAUGUCCUGGCUAGGUAGCAAUGGGCAAAGUGCAGUGAAAAAGCUGAAGAACAGCUUGCCUCUUAGGAAGGAGCUGGAUCGUCUGAAGAAGGAGCUGUCUGACCUUCUGCAACUUUCAGAUAUCAGGUGGCAAAGGGGCUGGGGUGUUGCCCAUCGCUGCAGCCAGCUGCACAGUCUCAGCCGCCUUGCACAGCAGAAUUUGGAACCACUUCAGAAUGCAAAAGGAUGCACCAUCGUGUUCACAGACCGCUCGGGCAUGAGUGCACUGGGCCACGUGAUGCUGGGAACCAUGGAUGUCCACCAUCACUGGACGAGAAAGCCAGAGGAUGAACGGUCCAGGGAUUGCAUCCAGACCAUCAACUUGAGCAGGCCUUGGCUCAGCAUUCGUCUCACAAGCCCACGCAUUAGUUUAAACUCAAAUAACGCUGAGCUUUUUGAAAGCUUGCCAAGUUAUUUUGACCUUCAGAGGAGAAUGUCAGCCCUAGAAGACCAGAUAAGCAAUCUUCUAGGGGGCGUACAAGUGGUUUAUAUCGAAGAGUUACAGCCAGCACUGACCCUUGACGAGUACUACUGCCUCCUUGACGUGUUCCACAAUCAGCUCCUAAAAAGCAGGGCACCUGCCCACCCGCAAAGCCUGAGCGGCUUGGAGAUGAUCCUCAGUGGCGACAGGUACGAGCCAAGCUUGCAUGAACUCGGGCAUUUUAACAUCCCAGCCCUCUCAGAUCCGGCAAGCCUCCAGUCAUUUAUGAGAAGCCGAGCCCAGCAGGCAAGAGAAAACAUAGCAAGAAGGGAGGAGUUAAAAGUUAUUGAAAAUGAACUGAUACAGGCUUCCACAAAGAAAUUUUCUCUGGAGAAGUUCUACAAAGAGCCCAGCAUUUCCAGCAGACAGAUGGUGGACUGCUGCCGGAGACUCCUGCAGCUGUCACUGCCUUAUCUGCACGGGAUGCACCUCUGCGUGUCGCAUUUUUAUUCCGUCAUGCAGGAUGGAGACCUGUGCAUCCCGUGGAACUGGAAGAAAGGAGAAGCCAGGAAGUGACACAGACACCUGUCUUAUUUUCUGGAGAAAUGAGAAACUGUUGGGUUUAUUUAAAUUCAGUUCAAUGUUAGUAUUCGCAUCAGGACAGAGUUUCCGAGUGCUGCAUUAAAGCGGGAGUUUUCUUUGUAGUGACUUUAUGCUAAGAAACUUGUUUCUAAACGGUUUGUCCCAUAGUCUUGUGAUGCUGAUGGCUAGGCAGAGAGAUGCUUAGAAGAAAAACUUAUUUUAAAGAGAGUUCUGUAAGAGUCAUCUAUUUUUAUAGAAGUGAGUGUGUGUGUGCAUAAAUUGGUCUCGUUCAGUAUAGCUCUGUGGUACUAGGACUCAUUUUUACAUGCAGCGCAGUUCAACACAUGUCUUCGUCGUUACAUCCCACAGACACAAACACUUGGUAGCCGGUAGUGGACAGUCGUGUUCAGACAGAUGAUUGAUGAGUAGCAAAAAUUAAAUAACCACAUUUUGAUUGAGAAAGAUUUUUUUAAACUAUUGAAUAUAUGCCAUUAACAUUGCCUGAUACUAGCUUAUUAAAACAUCAGCGACAGAAUUUAAAUACAUGACACCUUCUACCAAUUAAAAUAUUGAUAGAGCAUGUUCUUGGUAGGCACAGGCCCUGGGUUCCAUCCCAAGUACCAAGAAAAAGCUGUCUUCAUCUCUUCAGCUCUGGCCCAGGUAAAAGCCUGCUGCCUGCUGUGGUCUCCGGUGUCCCCCACGCUGUGGAGACCCGUUCUCUACUCAGAGAAGACCACCCUGCAUUCCACACCACACUUUUCCCUGAGGAUGCCCUAGGGAACUGACCCCGGUGCAUAGAACAAAGGAGACACUAAAGUCAGUUUUUCGUGUUUUGGAUUUUUAUAAACAGUUCAAAUGUAUGUUCAAAAUAAGAACUGACUUUUAAAGCAUUGGUUGCCACUAUUGCUUUUGACCCAUGCCAGUUUGACAAAUGUUGCUGUAAAUGCUCUCCCUAAGAAAGAGUCCUCAAGUUGGGUUUGGUGGUGCACGCCUUUAAUCCCAGCACUUUCGGGAGGCAGAGGCAGGUGGAUCUCUGUGAGUUCAAGGCCAGCCUGGUCUACAAAGUAACUUCCAGGGCAACCAGAGCUGUUACACAGAGAAGCCCUGUCGCGGGUGGGGGAGUCCUCAAAGAUCUGCUAGUUUAUUGGAAAAUUGUUUGGAUUGUGCCACUUCUAACAUCAGCUAACACAGACUCUUUGGUAAUGUGUGUUGAAUUGGAUUUGGUUUUGAACUAAUUAUUACAUAAUAAACAGUACCUUGUCGGCCA